GUACAAGUCAAAUUAUCUUGUUACUGUGGUGUGAGCAUAAGAAGAUAGACCUCACGUGGUGGUGGAUUUGUUUGAUUUGACCCAACUGAAGACAUUUCACAAUCAAGCGCUGGAUUUUAAACAACUGAUCUGAGCGCAGACAGAGGACAGAGUCUGAAAAGUAGGAGGGUGAAUGAGAGAAAAGUCAGAUAUGGAGACGUUUAGCUCCAAGGACAUGGCUCUCCAAGCCCAGAAAAAGAUCCUGAGCCAAAUGGCAAACAAGUCUGUCGUGCAGAUGUUUAUCGACGACACCAGCAGCGAAAUUCUCGACGAGUUGUACCGCGUGUCGAAGGAGUACACCAGAAACCGAAGCGAGGCCCAAAAAGUAGUAAAAGAUCUCAUUAAGGUGGUGGUGAAGGUCGCUGUCCUUUUCAGGCACAAUCGAUUCAGUGAUGAGGAGCUACAACUUGCCCAGAGAUUCAAAAAGAAAUUGCGCCAGGGAGCCAUGACAGCCAUCAGCUUUCACGAGGUAGAUUUCACAUUUGACAAGGCAGUUAUGUCCGAAAUCCUGAAGGAAUCUAGGGAUAUGCUACUCAAGCUUGUGAACAGUCAUCUUACAACAAAAUCUCAUGGACGCAUCAACCACGUCUUCAACCAUUACUCUGACCCAGAGCUCCUCACCCAGCUUUACAAUCCAACUGGUUCCCUCAAACCCCACCUAACCAAAAUAUGCAACGGGCUUAACAAACUGCUGGAGGAUGGGACGUUAUGAGAACAGAAUAUGGACAGACUGGUCUCAAACAGGAAUGGUAUGGUGGACCACCUGUGAACUGAAACUGGGUACAUUGCAAUCAAGUGAUGCAACAAGGACACUGUGGACUGACAAGGGCACGACACUUAAGUUUAACUUUUUUAAAUAGUGUUGCAGUGUUAUUAAUAAACAUUUAAGCAUUCAGUGGCCUGAUGAUACUAUAAAGACAAGUUGAUGCUGUACCAGCCACUGCAUGGAGUGAGCGCAGAUCAAACUUUUUUUUUUUUUAAUAUUUUAUAUGAAAAUGUUUUAUCUCUAUGAGACUCCAGCUGUAUAGAUUUCUUAUUUUUCAUAACAAAGGUUGUACCACUCUGCUGUAAAUUAGAUUGUAUUGUCCAACUUGGUAAUCAAUCAAGACCAUGCAAGCAUUUUUGUAGGGUACUCUGUUAACACUGCCAUCUAGUGUAAACACAUAGCACUACAGAGAAAACCAAUCCAUUUUGACAUUUCUGAGAGAUAUUUCUGUGAGCUACUGUGCUCUAAAAUGGACAAUCAACUAAUAAAUAAUAACACAGGGGCCUCAUCAAUUGUUUAUUACAUAAUUUAAAUACAAUAAAGUGCUGUUUAAUUGUA